GAUGGGAACAACAAUCUUAGCUUUGCAGCAGAGCAAAAACAUAUAUCCCUGGACACAGAUGAAACACAACUUCUGCAUCAUUACACGUAAUUCACCCCGUUUAUUUUAAAUGUUGUCCGGGUAAAAAAGUUAUUCAAGUGGCGGUCGCGAUUUGCCCGGCGCUAACUUGUGGGAUUAGUUUGCACGCUGCCUGACAGCGGAGGUUGACUGCGGUGGGAUGGGCUGUGAGGUGUUCAAGAUGGCGGCGCCCUGUGGAGUGCAGCUACUUUAACAGAGGUGCCUGGAGACCGUGUUGGUGGGUGGCCCCAGGAGUCCUCCAGGCAGGUGGGGACGGACACCGCGAGAGAGACGCUGCCUCCACCCCCAGCACUGCCACCACCAUGGCCAGGGAGCAGCCGAACGUGGGGGACCUCCUCCCGCUCCUUGAGACCUCCGACCUCCAGCAGCUAGAAGAGAUCCGAGGCCUCAUCAACGAGCAGCUCAGCACUGAGCGAGGGUCCAUGCUGCUGAACGGGCUGGUGGACUACUUCUUGGAAACAAACUCUGCCCAGGCCAUGCAUAUCCUCUCCUCAGUCAGAGAGCCACAUGAUAAGCACCUUCUGGACAAGAUGAAUGAGUGUAUGACCAAACAGGCCUGUCGUCUGCCCACCCUCACCCUGCUCGGCCACGUGAUCCGCAAGCAGCCGUCCUGGAUCCACAAGAUCGCUCGAUACCCUCUGCUGCUGUCGCUGCUCAAAUGCCUCAAGACGGAUACGGACGUAGUGGUCCUGAUAACCGGAGUGCUGGUGCUGAUCACUCUGCUACCCAUGAUCCCUCAAGCCGGGAAGCAACACCUGUGGGAGUAUUUCGACAUCUUCGGCCGCCUGGCGUCUUGGAACCUGAAGAAUCCUGGGCACGUUUCGGAGGUUUAUCUAAUCCACCUGCACGCCAGCGUCUACUCACUCUUCCACCGUCUCUACGGCAUGUACCCUUGCAACUUUGUGUCCUACCUGCGCUCCCAUUACAGCAUGAAGGAGAACAUGGAAACUUUUGAGGAAGUAGUGAAGCCGAUGCUUGAACACGUUCGUAUCCACCCAGAGCUAGUGACAGGAACCAAGGACCAUGAGCUUGACCCCACCAGAUGGAAAAAGUACGAAAUCCACGAUAUCGUCAUUGAAUGUGCCAAAGUGUCUCUUGACCCCAAGGAGGCCUCCUGUGAGGAGGGCUACGCCAACAUGCCUGAAAACUUUUACCCCCAAGUCCACCUGCGACCACAAGACUGCACUUCCAGCCCCUACACAGACCUCCACAGCAGCUACGGAAGCUCUUCUUCGACCCCGUUCUCGACUCCACGGCAGCCGCUACCCCCGCCCCUGUCCUUGCCCCCCUUCUCAGGGACGCAGUCCUCGCCCCGCAGCCCACAGACCUCCAGACGGCAGAACUCCACCUGUGAACUCAACUCUUCCUCUGGGGGGAAGGACCCUCUGUGGAGCCCCUCCUCGUUGUGUGGCAUGGCCACGCCCCCUUCCUCCAGAGGCAUGUCGCCCAACCUGGAGCUCUCCCACAGUGCCUCACACCUUCCCGGCCGCUUCCAAUGCACAUCAGGAGGAAAAGGAACGCCUGCCUCCAGCACUCCAGCCACCUCUUCCCCACCGCCCACCCUAUCAGAUGACUUCCCCAUAAUCUCCUUACCAGCCAACACAGUCCAAUCCAGUCCACCAAGAAAGGAUCGCCGACAUGGAGAAAGUGGUAAGCCUGCACUGGUGCGACAGGAACCAGUGAAAGACACAGAGAAGAGUGCGGACGUAGCCGCACACAGAGAUGCGGGCGCCGCGGAGAGCGUCUCCAUGACUUUGACGGAGCUGUCGGUCUUCAUGAAGAAACAGGAGCUGGAGCUUCAGCUGAGAACGGAGAAAGAGAGGGAAGAGGCUGCCAUCACCGAGGAGCUGCUGAAGAUCGAGGAGACACAGGAGCUGUCGGGUUUGAGGGGCUUCGACUCCCCGUUCUAUCUCACCACAGAGACUCUGACUGGCUGUCAGGCACAAGACGAGACCUUCUCCGACACCCAGUCUGGAGGGCCCGGCAGGGACACCCGACAUGUGGCAUCGACGCCGGACAAAGGGGAGACCACCGCGAGUACCAGCGGCGCAGGGAGUGACCGAGGAGGAGGUGGAGCAACAGGGGACAGCCGGAGUUCGGCCCUCGGCCUCGAGCAGUCCUGGUCCUUCCAGUCAGGGUUCACCCCCAUCGAGCACCACCUGCACUGGAGCCCCUCGGCCCCGGGCGACGACAUCGUGGCUAAGUUCGGGAUGUUCUCCCCGAGCCCGUGCGGUAAGACCCCGGCUCCGGUGCCCUACGAGUCGUUCUUCGACCUGGCCCUGCCCAGGGCGGCCUCGCUCUUCGUGGGCCAGAAGACGUCGGAGGCGGUGCACAAGGCGGCGCUGGAGAGGCUGUUGCAGCGGGAGGAGGGGCUGGAGGACGGGGAGGAGGAAGGGGUAGCGACCGCUUCGCCACUGGAGGUGCUGGAUCGCCUUGUUCAGCAGGGCAGCGACACCCAUGAUAAAGUUCUCAAGAGAUUACCUUUGCCAAGUAAGUCAGCUGACUGGACGCACUUUGGAGGCUCGGCUCCGCUGGACGAGCUUCACACGCUGCGCAGCCAGCUGCUCCUGCUGCACAACCAGCUGCUGUACGAGCGCUACAAGAGGGAGCAGCACGCCGUCCGCAACCGACGCCUCCUCCGACGCAUCAUCAACGCCACCGCACUGGAGGAGCAGAACAACGCUAUGAAGGACCAGCUGAACCUGCAGAGUGUGGACAUCGAGUCUCUGAGGGAGAGUCUGCAGGUGGAGCAGCAGCGGUACAGGCAGCUGUGGGACGACCGGGAGACGGUGGUGACGAGGCUGCACAAUCAGAUCAGACAGCUGCAGCAGGGGCGGGACGACUACUACACCAAGAACCAGGAGCUCCAGAGCAAGCUGCAGGAGUGUCAGAAGAGGAUCGAUGAACUGGAGGCGGAGCUUCAGAGGGCCAACAACAAAGUCUGCCACACUGGUCACCUCCUCAACCAGAUGUCUAUCAAGCUGAGCAACAGUGAGAGCACCCAGCAGCAGAUGAGCUUCCUGAACAAGCAGCUGCUGCUCCUCGGGGAGGCGCAUAAGCUGUCCAUGCAGGAGUUACCUCACGCGGGCGCCAACAACGAUACGAAGGAGGCCCAGAUGCUGAAGUUGUCUUAUGGGAAAGAGGUGGAGACGCUGAGGCAGAGCCUGCUGGUUCAGGGUCAGAAACUGGAUGCAGCGCAGCAGAGAGUCGGCGAGCUGGAGACGCACCACUCCAAGAAGGAGCACCUCAUCACCGAGCAGAAGAAGUUCCUCGAGGACGUGAAGUGUCAAGCGAAGGCGGAGCUGCAGGCCUCAGACAGCAGGUAUCAGGCUCAGAGGAGAAUCACUCAGCUGCUGCAGACUGAACUCCUGCAGCUCUACAGCAGAGUGGAGACGGAGGCUCCGGCCGGCACCGGCAGCAGUUCGCCACCAGGGGGCAGCGCUGACCCACACGACUCCAGUGUUAUGGUGCCAGGUGGACAACUUCACACCAACGAAGAAGUGGUCAGUAGACCACCACACGACACCCCUCGGGGCAACGACAGCACUUUAUCGUCACGGCAACCAAAGGCGAACAACUCUUCCAAGACCACGGCCAGCUCUCUCAGCGGCAGCCAGGACCUGGCCCCGCCCCGGCUGGUGGAGCCCUGCCUGUCCGGUCCCUACGCCAAAUCGCUGGCGCCCCUGCCCCUCUCCGGCGCGCCGCUCACUGUGGGCUCCUACCCCAGCGCCAAGAGCUUCCUGGGCAUGAGGGCCCGCGAGCUGUUCCGCAACAAAAGUGAGAGCCAGUGUGACGAGGAGGAGCAGCCGCCGUCGCUCCUGGCUGGCCUCGCCCACGGCCUGAAGACUGAGCUGUGCGUGGAGCCGCCCUGCCCGGGUUACAUCGCCCCCGUCGGCCCGUCACAUUCCCCCGUCCCGGCCUCUGCUCCCGCUCCUGCCACCCCUCUCACUGUGCCCACCAAGGAGCCCCCCUCCGAGCCCAAGCAGCGGGCCUCCAGCCAGGAAAGCCCCCGCAGGAAGGCAGGGUCGGGUGGAGGGCGGGCCCAGGCGGGUUCAGGGCGCCCCCGGCAGCAGCAGUUAAAGAUCAUGGACUACAACGAAACACAUCACGAGCACAGUUAGAGACAUCGGACUGAGCCGGGACGCAGGUCCAGAGACGAGUUUAACGACGGAGAAGAGCUACAAGUCAGCGAAAAGAGUAACAUGUCAGCAACUCUUUGGAUUUCAGUGUUAUUUGUUCCAUUCCUCUGAGUGGGCAACAGGAUUUCCCACAAUGUUUUUCUACUUUUUUUCAUUACCCACUGAUGGUUUUUGACACGGUGACAGGGAUACAAAAUGGAUUUGAUGUUACCAGUGAAGAUGCUAGUCUUAUGAAUUUGAUUAUGAGACAGACGGCUUAAAACAACGCCGAACAGUGAUCAAAAGUGAUCAAUAACUUACAUGUGACACGGGGGAGCCUGACGUUUCGAAGGGUCAGUUCAUCCAAACUGCAAAACAUCACACCUGGCUCACGUAUCGGCCAUUACGGAUAGUUUUUCUUUAAUUUGUCCAAAACGUGAGAAAUCGCUCUGAGAUUUCUGCCUGCACAGCUGGCACAAUGGAAGUGAAUGGCGGCUGGUUUUGUGGUGCUCGCAGGCAUUGAACGAUCAUUAAAAUAAAAACACUUUCUGAAACGGUGUCACUGUAACUUUGGAUAAUUAACAAACCAAAGUUUUCUUUGGCACUACUUUCUACUAAAGAAUGGUCCCUUUUGAUGGGGACAAGACGGUUUCCAUAAAUACAAGUUUGGUUGUUAUAAUGUUAAAAUGUGAUCUGUAAAUGCCUGUUGGCACCAGCCAUUAAAGCCAACUCCAUUGUGUUACAUGUGGAGAUGGGAAUCUCCAAGACAUAUCUCAACAUUUGGACAAAUAUAACUGAAACUUAGUAGGAAAAUGUUAAAAAUGUCAGUUUAGGUUGUACCUGCCCUUUGAAACCAAAUCCGUUAUCAACACCAUUAACAUCAGAGGAGCAGGAGUUAUAAUUUGUCAUGAUCAUCUGUUCGGAGCAAUUUGGCGUCGACCGCGGGGACCGAAAUAUGUUUUUGAUGUCAAGAAAUGCAUGUUGAGCGUUGCAUCAGAGCGAUGGAGGUGAUGAGCACGUGGAGGUGUUUAAAUCUGUGGAAACCUUGGGAGUGGACUCAUUGGGGGGGGAAACAAACAGGGGAGAAUGUGUUUAUUGUUUGCGACUGGAAAGCGCAUCGGCGAUGCGUUGGUUCUGGCAUUUCAGCAACGGUGCAUUGAGUAAAGCACUUGAAAAAAUUAGGAACUGAUGAAAAUUGUAUGCUUUUUUUUCCCACAAUCUGUUGUACCUUUUUUUUUUUAAUAUAUAUUAUUUUGGAUUUAUUUAGCCAUGAAGUACAUAUCCUAAAUUUGAAUCGGACCUUGCAAGUGACACGAGCCCAAGCGUAAAAAAAAAAGAAAAGAAAAUCAUGUUUUUCUGUUCUGGACGACCACCCGACGGCUUCGAAGUGCCAUGCAAACAUUUGUGUUCUGGCUGAAUUCAAACAUCUUGAACAGAAGUGUUGUUUUCCUCGUGCUGCGUGUACACUCAGCUGGGACAGCGUGGAAAACAAAACAUUGUGUCCAAUCAUGUUCCUUUGUGCAGGUCUGAGAAAACAGGGAGUGUCCUCUGAGUCUUAGAAGUAAACCGCGGCAUCGAAAGCCGUCUAAAUCCUGUUGUCCACCGGGAACUCCUGCUGUCACUUCCUUUUGCCUCGCUAUCUAAAAGCAUGUUCAACAAUCCACUUUAAAUGCCAACCGCAGUAACUACCGCAAACCAAGAGAGAAGGUACAAUCAGCACAAACUGAGAAACCAGGACUCUGACCGGAGCUGGAGAAUCUGGGAUCAAAUGUCGAGAGAAAAAAAAAAAAAAGGAAGUUCUUAAAGCAGUGGCUUGUGUUUAACUGUGAACAAUAAAGAUCGUCUUCAAUGUUUUGCACUACAA